UUUUAGUCGUUGUGAUGACGCCAUCGUGUUGCUAUCCAGUUGCACUCUGGGAAGAUGGCGACGUUUUCUUAAAGUGUAAACAUUGGUGCCGUGGUUUAAUAGUUGAAGUUAAUAUACUUUAAACGGAAGACGAAUACUUUUUGGUUUAAAGAAAAAGUUUGUACCCUAUUCGUAUUGACAUGUUGGCCGCUAGCGUGCCAGCGGAGAAUGCCAACCCUGAAGGGGCAGAAGGUGUGGUGGGUCUGGAGGAGCCCAAGAAGAUGACAAGAGAAGACUGGAGGAAGAAGAAGGAACUGGAAGAGCAGCGAAAGCUGGGUAAUGCUCCGGCUGAAGUCGACGAAGAGGGAAAAGAUAUCAACCCCCACAUUCCACAGUACAUCUCUUCUGUACCUUGGUACAUUGAUCCUUCAAAAAGACCAACCCUUAGACACCAGAGGCCACAGGAUGAAGAGACACAGCAGUACUCUUCCAUUGGAGAAUGGUAUAAAAGAGGAGUACAAGAGGGUCAAGUUACUACUAAAUUUCGGAAAGGGGCAUGUGAGAACUGUGGGGCGAUGACGCACAAGAAAAAGGACUGCUUAGAGAGACCUAGAAGAGUGGGAGCCAAAUUUACAGGAACUGCCAUAGCAGCAGAUGAACAUUCGCAGCUACAGUUAUCACUCGACUACGAUGGAAAGAGGGAUCGUUGGAAUGGGUACGAUGCAGAGGAGCACAUGAGGAUUGUAGAAGAGUAUGCAAAGGUUGAUCUGGCUAAACGUACCCUGAAAGCUCAAAAAAUGCAGGAAGAGCUGGCUUCUGGGAAGCUGACGGAACAAGCUAACUCAAGAAAACAAUGGGGAGAUGGGGAACAUAAUUCACAGGCAGAAAGAGAACACAAUAGUGAAGAUGAGGAUGAAGAUAAAUAUGCCGAUGACAUUGACAUGCCAGGACAGAAUUUUGACUCAAAGAGAAGAAUUACUGUCAGGAACCUCCGUAUUAGGGAGGAUAUCGCAAAGUAUCUUAGAAAUUUGGAUCCAAAUUCUGCUUACUAUGACCCUAAAACAAGAGCCAUGCGAGAGAACCCAUAUGCCAAUACUGGCAUGAACCCAGACGAAGUUGGGUAUGCAGGAGAUAAUUUUGUACGUCACUCAGGAGCUACCAUAACCAUGGCUCAGACACAGCUGUUUGCUUGGGAGGCAUAUGAGAAAGGCUCGGAGGUACAUCUCCAGGCUGACCCCACGAAGCUGGAGCUUCUGCACCAGUCCUUCAAGGUGAAGAAGGAGGAGUUCAAAAAGGAGCAGAAAGGAAGCAUCUUGGAAAGGUACGGCGGUGAAGAGCAUUUAGAUGUCCCUCCACAAGAGCUGCUGCUGGCUCAGACAGAGGAUUAUUUAGAGUAUUCCAGGCAUGGAGCUGUGAUCAAAGGGCAAGAGAAAGCUGUGGCACGCUCCAAAUAUGAGGAAGAUGUCCUUGUGAACAACCACACAUGUAUCUGGGGCUCUUAUUGGAAGGAUGGCUGUUGGGGGUACAAGUGCUGCUACUCUUUCAUCAAGAUGUCCUAUUGCACAGGAGAUGCUGGAAGACACAACAAUAGUGAUAUUGUUUGUGUACCUGAUGUGGAGGAGAUUCAGGAAGAGCAAUAUGAGGAACCCAAAACUUUAAUGGAGAUGCACCAAGAAAAACUGAAAGAAGCGAAGAAAAAGAAGAAAAAAAAGAAGCAUCAUAGGAAGCAUGGCUCUGAAAGUGAUGAUGAUGAUGAUGAGGCCAAGAAAAAAGAAAAACUGAAAAGGGCCUUGAAUGCAGAGGAAGCUCGUUUGAAACAAGUAGGAGAAAUCAUGCAGCUGGAUGAGCGUAACAGACCGUACACUAGCCUGUCGGAGGUACGGGAACCGACAGAAGAAGAAAUGGAGGCCUUCAGAAUAAAGCGGCCCAGACCUGAUGAUCCUAUGGCUUCAUUUCUUGGCCAAUGAAGAAACUUUUUUUUUUUUUCCCUUAAAAAAUGGUUACAAGAGUUACAGUGUGAUCAGUUUUAAAUACUCUGGAAGUUUAAAGGCAUCGCAUGUACAGAAAUAUUCUCUCCCAAUGGACCCUGACACUUGACCAGGAAAUCCCAGGCCAGGGAGUCAAUUUAAUGCAGCUGUUAAGUUCUUUUUUUAUUUAAUUUUCUAUAAAGGUAACACCACAUUGACAUCAGCUCUACCAUAUUAUUAAUAAUUUCUGAUGGCUGUGCAGUAUGUAUCAUUAUAAAACAAAAAGGGUGUGAUUUGUAAGGAGGAAAAAAAAAAUAUGUUUCUGUCAUGAAGUGGAUGGGCUUGACACAAGACAGUUUGUGAACUCUUGCUCUACUACAACUAUUGUAUUCCUAGAGCAGACUACAAUCAUGAAAGUGCUGUCUUGUGAGCAUGAUGUCCACUGGAUCAUUAAUACAGAUUUAACACAAGUUUUUAUUUCCAAUGCAUGUAAAUACAAAAUCUGUAAAUAACCGUUAAAUCACAAAUAACGCUGUGUGUGCUUGGAACUUUAAAUAAAUUGUGUUUCUUAUAAA